AUGGAAACCCAGUUUGGUUUGCUAUUCAAUCAAAAGUUGCUACCAAAUGAUCAACCAAAUUGGCCAUUGCUACAAUUUGGCGUCAGGAAGGGAUGGACGCAAGUUGACCUGCUCAAAUCGACGCCUCAGACCGGAGUUGAGGCCAGCCUUUCAUUGGGCAGACGGGCCGCACGAGAGGGUAUGAGUUCGAAUCCCUCUCGUUGCAGACGCAGGCCUGCAACGUUCAGUCGCCACUUGUGUCUGUCGACAUGUGUGUGUGUGUGUUUGUGUGUAUGUGUGUGUGUAUGGGAGAAAGAGAAAAAGAUAGAGAGAUCAAGAGAGUGCAAGAAAGGGACUACAAGUUGUCACCUUGUCUAG